AUGGUGAAACAGGAGAAGAUCAUGAAGAAGGCCGGCAGGAAGGAAGCCGUGUCCAUCAAGCUCGCCGGCUUCCCUGGCGGCGCCGACGGCUUCGAGCUCGUGGCCAGGUUCUGCUACAACAACGGCCGCGUUCUGCUCUGCCCCUCCAACCUCCCGCUCCUGCACUGCGCCGCCGUGUUCCUGGAGAUGACCGAGGAGGAGUGCGCCUGCAACCUGCUGGCGCAGGCGGAGGCCUUCGUGAACGGGCUCUGCUACUGGACCUGGGGCGACGUGCUCACUGCGGUCAGGAGCUGCGAGCCCUUCGCCGCGGCGGCCGACGCCAACGGCCUCCUGGAGAGGCUCAUCUCCGCGCUCUUCUCCAAGAUCACCGCCACCCCGGAGACGCCAACCACCGCCGCCGCCGGUGGCGGCGUGGGGACGCCGAACCGCUCCUCGUCGUCGUGCUCGUCGUCGCCCGACACGGUGGGCUUCGGCCGGUCGUCGUCGUCCGCCACCAAGACGCCGGAGUCGAUGCGGCCCUGCGCCGGCAGGGAGUGGUGGUUCGACGACAUGACGUCGCUGUCCCCACCGACCAUCGAGAAGGUGAUGCGCGUGCUCGGCUGCUACGGCGUCGAGAACAAGAACCUCAUCCUGACGCGGUUCCUGCUGCACUACCUCCGCGCCGCCACGCGCAGGUCGCCGGCGCUGGCGCUCUGCGAGGGGGAGAGGGAAGGCGCUGGAGCCCUCGCCGGCCUCGCGGACACGGCCGUCCACGGCGUGGCGCUCGUCGGGGGCACGGCGUUCUCGUGCCGGGGACUCUUCUGGGUGCUGCGGAUCGUGUCGGCGGUGGGGCUGAGCAGGGAGUGCAGGCACAAGCUGGAGCGGCUCAUGGGGCUGAUGCUGGACCAGGCCACGCUCGACGACCUCCUCGAGGAGGCCGACGCGCCGUCGCAGAGGAUGCGGAAGGUGGGGCGCCUGCUCGACAAGUACCUCGGGGAAAUCUCGCCGGACCACGGGCUGAAGGUGUCCAAGUUUCUCGCCGUCGCCGAGAGCCUGCCGGACUCGGCCAGGGACUGCUAUGACGGCGUGUACAGGGCGCUCGACAUCUACCUCGAGUCGCACCCAGCACUAUCCCUGGAGGAGCGCACGACGCUGUGCCGGUGCCUCAACUACGAGAAGCUGACGCUGGAGGCGUGCAAGGACCUGGCCAAGAACCGGCGGAUCCCGCCGGGCGUGGCGGUGCAGGCUCUGGCGUCGCAGCAGUGCAAGCUCCACAUCAGCGACCCGUCCACCUGCUCCCAGUCCCAGACGCCGAGGAGGAGGGUCGCCCGCCGCGCCACCCACAGCGUGGACCUCGGCGGCGGCGACGACGAUGAGAAGGAGCUGAUGCGGCUGAACCUGCAGAGGAUGCAGAGCCGGGUGGUGGAGCUGGAGCGGGCGUGCAAGGAGAUGAAGGGCCAGAUGUCCAGGAUGGCCAAGGGCAAGUCCUUCUCCUUCGGCGCCGGCGCCGCCUCCUGCCACCAGACCAGCGGCAGGGGCUUGCCUAGGCUCUGCUGA